AUGGCUUCCGCCGAGAUUGAACAGCACCAGGGCGGUGCGCUACAGACAGCAAAGGAUCUGUUCUCUGGCGCUGUUGGCGGCAUUGCCCAAGUCUUGAUCGGCCAGCCUUUCGACAUCGUCAAGGUCCGCCUGCAGACGUCGACCCAGUACUCUGGCGCUCUCGAGGCCGCCACCUCCAUCUACAAGAAUGAGGGCGCCCUGGCCUUCUACAAGGGCACGCUGACGCCCCUCAUCGGUAUCGGCGCCUGCGUGUCUGUGCAGUUCGGCGCUUUCCACGCCGCUCGUCGGUGGCUCGAGGAUCGCAACUCCGCCCAGGGCAAACCCUCCGAACUUGGCUACGGCCAGUACUUUUUGGCUGGAGCCUUUGCCGGCGUUGCCAAUGCACCUCUGUCCGGACCCAUCGAGCAUAUCCGUAUCCGCCUGCAGAGCCAGCCGCACGGCGAGGGUCGCCUGUACAACGGGCCUCUGGACUGCAUUCGCAAGGUCAGCUCCCACAACGGUGCCCUGAGCGGCCUCUACAGGGGCGAGGUCGUGACCGUCUUGCGAGAGUCCGUUGCCUACGGCGCCUGGUUCACCUCAUUCGAGUACCUCAUGAACGCCGACGCCGCGCGCAACGGCAUCGACCGCAAGCAGAUCCCCAGCUACAAGAUCGCCCUCUACGGAGGUCUCGCCGGCGAGGCCCUCUGGCUGGCCAGCUACCCCUUCGACGUCAUCAAGAGCAAGAUGCAGACGGACGGCUUCGGUGCUCAGCAGAAAUACCCGACCAUGCGCUCCUGCUUCUCCGCUACAUGGCGCGCAGACGGCAUCAGGGGCUUCUGGAAGGGCAUUGGACCUACCCUUCUUAGAGCCAUGCCUGUGAGCGCAGGCACCUUUGCCGUGGUAGAAAUGACCAUGCGGGCUAUCAACUAAAGGGACAUGGGGUGAAGAGAUAAGCGGGCGAUCUUUCUUUCUUUCUUUCUUUUGGAUGAUGGAGGAGGCGUUACCGGUCAAGGAAACGAGAUAUAAAAAAAAGUCAUCGGUUUUGAAUGAGCGUGAACUGAAAAAAGUUAAGGCGAAACAAAUCUGAUAGAGACGGAAUUUCCGAAAAUAGCUUAACAUUCUAGACAUCCGUAUUGCGCUUGGUUGGCUGAGGAAUUGGGCAUUCAACAUGAAAUUAAUCAGUUAGAUAGAUAUCUUAUCAUAUAUGAUACUUUUUUGAUGC